AUGGCCCUGGCCGCCGAGAAGGGAAUCGACUUCGGAAAGCAACAUCUGAAGAAGAAAGAGAAGGCUGCGAACAAAUUGAAUAAGGAGAAAAUGGCGAAGAAAAAGCAAAGUAAUGGCAAGUCGACAGAGGAGGAUUGGGAGGAUGUUGAAGAGGAGGGCGAGAAUGGAGGAGCUGAAUCGAGUGACGAGGAGAGUGGUAGUGACGAUGAGAUUGACUUUGCCGGUAUCGACGAAAGCGACAGCGAUUCUUCGGCGGGCGAGAACGAUCAGAACAAUGAAGAUUCCGAAGAGGAAGACGACGAGGAUAUCCCGGUGUCCGACCUCGAGGAUCUGGAUGACGAAGAAAAGGAAGAUCUCAUCCCCCACCAACGCCUUACGAUCAACAAUACCGUUGCUCUCACCGCAGCCCUCAAACGAAUAGCAUUACCUGUCUCCAAAAUGUCCUUCUCGGAACAUCAGUCUGUUACAACGUCUAAGCCGGUCGAGAUUGCCGAUGUGUCGGAUGAUCUGAACCGCGAGCUUGCAUUUUACGCACAGUCGCUGUCCGCAGCGCAGGAGGCGCGCAAGAAGUUAAAGGCAGAGGGCGUGCCGUUCACGAGGCCUACCGACUACUUCGCGGAGAUGGUCAAGGCAGACGAGCACAUGGCAAGGAUCAAGGCGAAGUUGAUUGAUGAGGCAGCAGGCAAGAAGGCUAGUGCGGAGGCUAGGAAACAGAGAGAUCUGAAGAAGUUUGGCAAGCAGGUCCAGGUCGCGAAGCUACAGGAGCGAGACAAGGAGCGCAAGCAGACUUUGGACAAGAUCAAGGACUUGAAGAGAAAGCGUCAAGGAGCGGGUACGGAAGCCACGAAUGAAGCUGAUCUGUUCGAUGUUGCUGUCGAGGAGGAGAUUGGCAGUAAAUCAUCGAGGAAAGACCGGAUGGGACCGAACAAGCGCCAAAAGAAGGACGAGAAAUACGGUCACGGUGGCAAGAAGCGUUUCAGCAAGAGCACUGACGCACAGAGCUCCGGUGAUCUGAGAGGCUUCUCGAGCAAGAAGAUGAAGGGUGUGGUGAAGCAGAGACCCGGCAAGGCAAGGAGAGCGGGGAAGAGGUGA